AUGCAACACCCAUAUACCGUAUUCAGCCUUAUGAGGGAUACGCCAAAAGGAGUCAGAAAUCCUGCGUCGACGAACAUGGUCGACGUCGUUAAUGUAGAGCAGAAGAUGUUUGAAUUAGAAGCCAAAGGAGAUAUGCUCCCUUCGGACUUACCUGUACCAAGUCUGUGCGCUCGAAACGCCUUGGCGCCCACCAGCCUGCCCGAACAAUUCAAACACUGCGUUUCGCCGCUCGUGAGUGCCCCGAGGCGGAAACAAAAGGUGAGUAAUACAUUUUCCAGAGUCAUUCCUUUUUUAAAAGUGACAGACCGAGGCGCAGAAAGAUUGUUACCUUCACGUCGAGUCUGGGCAAUAAGCCGAAAGAAGCUGUCGUUAAUGUUCAUGACUGUUACGAGAAGAGCGUGGAACAGAGUGAAAUGUUGUCUCGCUGGUACUUUCUUUCAUCUCUGGCAUGUACCUUUUCGACUGCCAUAUUUGGGCACCUUGCCUAUUAGUUGCCAUGUCGGAAAAGAUGCUUGUCCCUCAACCUUGGCAGAUAUGUCCGAUGCAAUGAAUAAGAAAAGUUGUUCAUGUCUCGGACAUCAAGAGCUGAAGGCUAGCUUGGGAAUGUGUGAAUGCACCCUGGCUGUCCGAAGACAUGGAUACAGAGCGAGGCAGAAAGUGUGUACUGUGUACUCCGUAGCAAAGCCAGACCAAGAGAAUGCCGGACGUAGGGGCGCCCUGGGCAAUUUUGUCAAGACAUUAGAUCGAUAUUCUAUUGGCCCUUGGGAAAAGACCAGCGGACCAAUAGAAGAUGGAAUUAUAUCAAGCUAUCAAAUAGGGAAGGCGCUGGAACUUGGAAGGCUUGAUGCCAAGAAAGAGGCAACCUCGGAAGCGGAGGCUAGGGAACCGCUAGACGCUAGGGGCCGGGAUCGCCCCGAAGAAAACACGGUCACACGGGUCCCCGCCCCGAAGAAAACACAGUCGCACGGGUCCUCGCCCCUCUUUGAAUCAAUUCAUCAUUCUCAAGCAGCCAGCGGACAGACAGAGAAUCCAAUAUGA